UCGUGUAUCCCUACCAGCUUGUUGUCAAGACACUCGUUGUCGCGAACCUGCAGAACUUCGAUCUAUAUCGUCGAUGGACUCCCUGUCAGACAGUGCCACUUUUUGUUGGAAACAGGCUUGCCGUCUUCUGCUGCUCGUUUGUAUCCCCCACUUGUAUACUCGGGAUCGGCAUGUUUCCCACACGCUAACGCAACUCAGGAUUUCGCCGUAGCCUUCGAUGCAUACUUCCGGCGUUAUCGAUGGUUCUCCAACGGCGUUUUGUAAGAAACUGUCUUUCCUCAGAAUGGUGACGGAAUGCAUCACGGAACAUCCCAUAACGCCAUGAAGGUAGAAAUGCUAUGGCACAUGACGAUAAGUCGUCAAACGUGAUUCAGGCCGACCGAACUUGACGAAAGCUUCGCAAGGUUCGGUUGUGGUAGGCAACCCAGGCACCGUCUCGAAAUUGCCAGAUAUGGCGUCGAAUGUGGUAACCUUAGAUUAUCGAGGCCGUAUCGCCAUUGUUACGUUGAACAACCCCAAGAAACUGAAUGCGAUGACGAAGGAUGGGUUCUACCAAUUAGCCCGAAGUCUAAAGGAAGUAGAGAAACACGACGAGGUGACAAUCACGUUGGUGACGGGUCAAGGAAAAUUUUUCUCUGCAGGUGCAGACGUGUCAGUCAGUCGGCGAACAGGACCAGAUGUCGAUCUCACAAGGCAUGGACUACGCGAAACUGUACAAAACACUCUUUUCAUCAGUCGCACUUUCUACUCACACUCGAAAAUCCUGGUGACGGCUCUCAACGGACCCGUGGUUGGGGUGGCUGCAGCACUCGUGGCCUGCUCGGACUUCAUCUACUGUCUCCCACAUGCGUACCUUCUCACACCAUUCUCGAGCCUUGGUCUGGUUUCCGAGGGAGCAUCGUCUAUGAUGCUUGCCCGCAGGAUGGGAUGGCCUAAAGCAAACGAAGCGUUGGUCAUGAGCAAGAGGAUCCCAGCCGAUGAGUUGCUGGCUUGCGGCUUUGUCAACAAAAUCUUCGACAUCGAGACUGGUAAUGCGGAACACUUCCUAGCCGCUGUGCUGGUAGAGCUUGAUGACAGGCUGGGAGCUCACCUUAACGAUUCCAGUAUGCUGAGCAUCAAGAAGCUGGCUUCGGGUUCUUUCAGAAGAGAACUGGAUGCACAAAACGUUGAAGAGGUCUUCCAGAACCUUGAGCGUCAAGUGGCAGGUAUACCGCAGAAAGAGUUUGAGAAAUUGCGGACAGGCCAGAAGAGGCACAAAUUGUGAGACAGGCUGUACUACUCGGCGAGCCUGUUUCCAGAAAAAGUG